AUGGGCAGUCCAUACAGUCUGUAUGUUACUAAACAUCCUGCUGUAGUCGAAGCUGUGUCAUGGGCCACCAGGCUACACGACGCCAAAACAUUUUUGGCAUCCAUUUGUCCCAACCCUGUUCUAUCCCAGAUCAUGGGUGACCGUUACCCUGAAAUAAAACUUGCCCUGGAUGGGGUACAACAGUUUGGUUCUUCAGUGACGGGGAGCUAUAAUCGCACAGCUACAACAACGGAGACCCGACCGUUAUUCUCAAGCGAUACAGGACCUGCAAUCCCUCGUAAUACAGCAAUUGUCCACCGGCAUAUUAAGUUCUCAAGGUCAAGUAAUUGGACAAAAGCGAAAACACCUGUGAAGAUGCUCCAAACGUUCUAUCUCAAUACCGAUACUAUCCGGAUCGAUACCAUGGAUUCGUCUCUAUCUACUUCAUCAAGAAAAUCUUAUGAUUUACCAAAACCGGAGACUGGUCUGGCAGAAUGGACGAACAAGAUAAAGGCUCUCCAGAAGGAAGUCGAUGCAGACGAAGAAGCUGAACAAAGGAGACUAGAGGAAGAGAUCGCUGCCGCGAGACAAGCACGCCUCAGAAGGAGUCGUGGCAACAGUGCUUCGAGUCGCGUCAACACCCCCGAUAUACCCACGGAUAACGAUACCUCAGUAAAUGAUCCGCUGAGAUCUACGGCAGAGAGAGUAAAUAAUCAAGAAACAGCUCUGCGUAAACUCAUGGGUCGAAACGAAGUUUACAAUCCGGACAAACUUCCAGCUUCCAACCGUUCAAUUACGGGAAAGUCGGAACCAGUAUCAUUGGCAGCUUUCAUUGGUGGGACGGCAACUGGACCCAAACUCAACCGUCAUGCACCUCAGCAAGACGCCCACGAUCCCACUCAAUUUAUUCAGCCUGAUUUGAGUGCUCCCCACCCAGUUUUUGGGCGUGGUGGAAUUGCCAUGCCGGGUAUGAUUUCUAAGGGCAUAAAAAUAUCAGCUUCCGAUGUUGGCUCCGAAAACUCAGAACGUUAUCGUCCCUCGACCCUCUCUUCCAAGAGGUCUACGUCUUCUCUUACUGGCGUACAGUUGGAUAAAGCAGAGAGUGGGACCAAGAAAGAAUUUGCCGAUGUCCCUCAACGCUCACUUACUACUGGUCCUAAAUUCGCAGCCUCACUGUCAGCGCAGAAACAGGUUGGAAAAGAUGAAUUGUUUCAAGGGAAAUCAAACGAAAUACCACGAAAUCACUAUACCUUGGGUGCUAGUCCAAGGCCAUUAUCUUCUGCAAAAUCGGCAUCUUAUCUCACUAGAACCGAAGAACCCAUUGCACAAGAUGCAAUUUCAAAGUCUGCAAGGCCAGCAGAUACUUUCGGGUCCAGCCAAAGCUCGUUGAGUUCUCCUUCAAAGCCGGCGGCGUCAUCAUUUGUGUCGAGUACGGCGCGAACCAGGGCAGCGUCACCUACCAAAUCUACUGAUCCUUGGUUGCCCGCCAGCAAUAUUUCCUUUGAGUCAAAAGUUUCUGCUCCGUCCACUUGGUCUACUCCCAUGAAAGAAGAUUCUGAACCUCGUGGAGCAUCUGCCUUACCAAUUAAAUCUUCUGACCCGUAUAACCUCAUUGGAAAGCAGAAUGAUAUUGGAUCUCCCCCCAAACCUAUUUCAUCCUCCUCGACUUCCUCGUCGUAUAUACCGAAGAAGGAAACUACUUUCGUUCGAAAUGUCUCUCCGUCAAAAUCUGUUGACACUUUGCGAAGCAACACUUCAACACCCUCCAAACCUUUGCCAUCCUAUUUAGGACAAAAUGCCUCUAAACUUGGUCUCUCUAGCGGAGGAAAAGUUGUAUCACCCUCUGGAGACACUCCGUUACGCCGCUUAAUGGAAACCAACAAUGUAUACAACCCAGAUAAAUUAGUUGCACUAGACACGCCGCGGAAAUCUGUCGCAGAACGCGCUCAAGCAGUAUCUCUUGCAGCUUUUAUGGGUGGAAAUGGUGCUGGAAUUCGUCUCAAUAAACAUGCCCCUCAACAAGAUGCUCACGAUCCAACUCAAUUUGUACAGUAUGACACCAGCGCACCCCAUCCAAUCUUUGGGAAAGGAGGUAUUGCUAUGCCUGGAAUGACCAACCGUAACAUUCCCAAAUCAUCAGACACUCCAGGCAGCGAAAGCUCUGAGCGCUAUCGUCCUUCAACUACGAGGCCUACAUGGCCUCCGGUCUCGUCGUCAGGAGCUGGCAAGGCAGAAGAGCGACCAAUCUCUCCUCAGAAGACAGGGAACCGAGAAAGGACCACAAGUGCGCCUAGUGCUCAGGUACCAAACACGUUCUCGUCUUCGAGCGAGUGGUCAUCCUCUAACAAAAUGACUAGUAGACAAUCCCCUACUAAGGAGGUUCUCUCUACUCCUGCCAGAGACCGUACGAUAUCUGGCCCAUCUUACAUCAAUAACCGCAAAUCUUCUAUUCCUGCAUCUCCGUCUUAUUCGUCUUCUGCGUCUUCUGCAUCUUUAUCGCGGCAUAUUGAACCUAUACCCAAGUCCUCUCCUUUGUCACCUUUUAUCUCCACUACAUUGAAUGCCUCUCCAGCGUUUCAAAAGCCCCCCGUUCAAAAGGAUCUGACUCCAAGUAUCAGUAGGCUGCAAGGUCGCGGGUUUGUCCAAAAUAUGGUCAAAGCCAAUUCUCAACAAGAAGCCUUGCCGACACCUUCCCCGUCUGCCGAAAAAGUGCGGCCACUGAGUGCGAGUGGACGAAAAGGUUCUGUACUUGAUCGCUGGCAACCGAACAUUCAGUCAAGUUCUCCUACCAAACCAUCUUUUCCUCCAUAUCCAAGCUCAAACAGGAAAUCAACAACUUACGAAUCCAAUGAAAAUAUUCAUGAUACACCACAAGCCACAAAGCCUCCUAUAGCCCAUACGAUCAAGCCAGUGGCUUCUUUACCGUUUUUGCCAAAGGCGAACACUACGACCUCUGUUCCUUUGGCUCAGGAGCCUGCUGAGGCAUCUGACUUAUACCCCCGAUCUCGCACGCCUGGGCUGGGCUCCGCGACUACCAUGGUUCUCAUUAAACCUACUAAAUCUUCAAGCGACUUAACACAGUUACCGCAUGUAGAUGAACUGGGAGUAAAGCGCAAUUCUUGGCGAAAUCCUGUGCCCGAUAGCGAUCAAAAUGCAUCUGCUGAGGCCUUAACUUCGUCGAAGAAGCCUUUGAUCCAUCCGACAAAAGGUAGAGCUAGGAAACCUCGGAAGUACGGAGAGCCUCGUAAUGAGCCUACUGAUGAGCCUGCCGUCAGCAAUUUUAUACAAGAGACAAAAGGGCACGAUGACCAUGAAAUAACUGAACAGAAGCAGACUCGGCCAUAUCAUGACAAUAGUAGUCUCUUACAGGAACAACGGGACCGUUCAUCUCAUUCAAACAAAGGUGUCAGCCUGCAUAACGAGCAAUCACGAAACUACGACCUAUUCAUAACACCAAUUUCGAACGUUGAAAAAAACCAUCACGUUGACAAUGGACCCGCAGAAAGGCAAUUAGUAUUGGAGCUUAGCUCUCCCAAAGCGCCGGAAUUUUCUAUUCCCUCAAAAUCUUUUGUUCCAUCUUCUCCCUCAUCUCCUGCAAAACAUACCCGAAUUCCAAGUACCGGCAGUCGUGCAACCGUUAUGGAAGUAGCUCAGGCUCUUCUUGACCACCCUACCCUGAACCCGAUGCCCAGCAAUGUUGAAUUUGAUUCGAGCCUCUCUAAGCCCAUUUUGGAACUGGAACAGAUGGUGACGGAAGUUCCAAAGCCUCGAAAUCUAUCACAAAUUCAAGCAGAGAAACGUAAAUCUAGCUAUGAGAAAUAUUCUGCCAUUGUCUUGCCUUCGUUGAAAGAAGAGGCUACUCCUGCCCCAUCUCCCGCUGGAACUCUCACCCGUGCCCAAGUGAAAAUUGAUCAUGAGCCAGACGUUGAAUUUGUCGCCGUCCCCGAGGUGAAAAUCGACCGCGAAGAUGUCAAAUGUGUUACUGUGCCCGAUGUGAGUCCUCUGGAUAUGCGGUCAACAUCACCAACACCUAAAUCACCAACACUUCUCACCCCCUACGGUAAGUACAACGUUUUAGAUAUCAUCGACCUUUCUGACGUCUUCAUGCAUGGGCCAGAACAUGAUGAAAUACCAUUGCCUCGCAUUGAUUUUGCCAAGUUUACAAAACCUGCAACUCGAACCCCUGCCUUGAAGCCAGAUGAACAAAAAGUAUCCCUGGAAAUUCUGGCCCUAACGGGAGCGACGGCGACUGCACUGACAAGAUCGUUGGACAUUUUUUAUGAAACUGAGAUACUUGUCAUUAUUCAUCGCACUAAGUCGAAGUCGAGUGGCCUGGCAUCGACAUCUGUUUGGUGUUGGUUAGGGAGGAAAAGUAUCCUCGGGGAUAGGGAAGAAAAAAAGCUCCAAGAAUUGGCAACACGAUACGGAACGACUGCGAAAAUUAUUCAACAAUUGGCUGAACCUCCUGAGUUCAUAGAAAUCUUGGGAGGACAACUAGCCGUUCGCCAGGGUACCCGGACUCAUUGGACCUCUGACAAUACAACUAUGCACCUCGUGAGAUCUUGCGGAGGGAAUAUAGUGAUUGAUGAGCAUGAUUUGAACGUCCACAAUCUUUGCUCUGCCUUCAGCUAUUGCUUUACUCUUCUGGGCUCUAUCUAUGUAUGGCACGGACGUGGUUCGACUCAACCGGAACGAGAUGCGGCGCUGAAAUACGUCGAAACGUUUUCAAAGGACCUUGUGCUCCCGAUUGUGCUACUGGAAGGAGAAGAUGAUAAUGAUGAAAUGUUCUGGAUGAUCCUCGGGGACAAUGACUUCGCCAAAGCUGAUUACUGGCAGUGGCGAACCACCUCCGCUAUCAUUGACCCCUCUGUGUGGAGACUUGACACUAAUGGAAAGGGCUGCCCAUUGAUUGCUGUACCGUUCAUUUCGAUGGAACAGGAACUUCAGAAAUCGAUCUACAUUGUCAACUGUAUAUGGGAGUUUUACCUUGUGGUUGGCAAAGAAGCUCGAAGUGAUAGAAGGUCCAUAAAAUUCGCUUUGGACCUUGUGAUGAAGUUGUCAAUGGAAGCAGCAUCUUCCAGACCAUAUGUUCCUACGGUCCACGUGCUCGUUUUACCGUCACAGAUACCUCUUGACCUGCGGUUGGGCAUUCGUGACUUGGACGAAGCCUGGAUGAACGAUGGCGAAAUACCUGAUCACAUGAACGUGAUACAUUCAUCCAAGGCGGCCUACCAUAUUCUUAACCCUCUUGAGAAACAAACCUCUAUGCGAUCUCUGUUAGCCACAUACAUCACUGUUGCUUGUUCGUUAGUUUUCGAUGUCGUCCUAGGCGCACUCAUCCCAGCACACUACCAAAACGUGGCUAGGAGAAAAGAAUCGCCAAGGGGCUGUUUUCCUGCCCUCGAUUUCAAAAUGCCAAAGCAUACCCCUCACGAUUUAAAAGGCUGGUGGUGCGAUGCGGCCACCGAAUAUGCUUUUGUUGGUUUUAGCUAUGAAGUCACAGCAUGUCAAAGUGCCGAACAGUUGAAAAAAGAGUUUAAGGAUAUCAGACACCAUUUUAAUUCGCGCUAUGUUCGACUGUAUGGAGCCUGCGAUCGCGAAGGUUUCUAUGACGAUAUCGUUGAUGCUGCUUGGGAGAAUGGCCUUGGUGUACAUGCAUUGAUAUGGUUUGGCUUCAACGGUGAUGACAUUUGGAUGGGCAGGAGAGAUGUCCUUCUUGCCAACCUUCACAGCAAUCCUAGGGCCAAAUACGUUACGAGGGUUCUACAGUUUGGGUCGGAGCCUCUCUACGACAAUGUUCUUCCACAUGACCAGCUGGCCGAGCAAGUCCAGUUGGCUAAAGCCAAUCUAUCCAGUCUCUCAAUUCCUGUGACUGUGUCAGAACUGGCCUAUGGAUAUCAAGAGCGUGGUGGUGCGCAGGACGUGUUGGACGCCAUUGACUCUAUCAAUAUACAUAUGCUUCCGUUCUUCCAACAAACAGCAUCAACUGCCAAUGAAUCAUGGCCUCUUGUCCUUAACGACAUGGAUUGGUUCAUAACACAUGGAAAUGGGAAGAAGAUGUAUUUUGAUGAGAACGGCUGGCCGUCCGUAACUUCUCCCAGUGUUCAACCAAACAGUCCACUAGCUGUGGCUGAUGUUGAGAAUGAACAGCAAUAUUAUAUCCUUCUUGAUAACCAUUGUGAAGACUUGAAAGAGGUGGUGGGCGGAGGUGUGGGUUGGUUUGCCCACAUCUACAGCGAUAACCAAGAGCCAGGCUAUGGCAUAUACGACUCCGACGGCAACCUGAAGUUCCCUUUCCAUCCCAGGACGUCCUGCUAA